AUGCCAUCUAACAAUAGAACGUAUCCAGCACCUUUAAUUAUCCCACCUUUAUCUCCCACGGAACAUACUCACACUUUCAUCCUCCUCCAUGGUCGAAGUAGCAACGCUGAACGCUUCGGCUUGGAGCUAUUGAAAACCGCGAAGUUAAAUACCUACUCGACUACCAACCGUAAAAUUCGAAGUGACGAUCAACAGUCGUGA